AUGCCGGUCACGUCCAUCGCCUCGAGCAAGCCCGAUAGCUCUCAAAGCACCGUCGUCGGCGAGCGCGACGUCCACGCGGAGAAGUGGAUUAAGCUCGUGCAGGUCGAGUACACGGAUCCGCUCGGUAAACGCAGAACGUGGGACGCCGUUCGACGAACGACGACGAAGCGUGACAGCGAGGCGGACGCGGUCUGCGUGUUCGCGACGCUCAAGCGCGCGGGUGCGGAGGAUGAGGUGCUCCUGGUGCGACAGUUUCGACCGGCGUGCGGGACGGAAACCAUCGAGUUACCGGCUGGAUUAAUCGACGACGGCGAAUCGGCGGAGACGAGCGCGCUGCGGGAGUUGAAGGAGGAGUGUGGGUACGUCGGGGUCGUGCGAGGGAAGACCCCGGCGGUGGUGCUCAGUCCUGGAUUGUCGGACGAGAGCGUCGUCAUGGUGGAGGUGGACGUCGACGCGGACGCCGAGGAGAACAAGAACGUGUCGCAGGCGCUGGAGGGAUCGGAGUUCAUCACCGUGAUUCGAUGUCCAAAGAGCGAGUUGUUGAGCGCGUUGGACGCGUUCUCCGCGUCCGGAGUGCGGGUUUUCGCCGGGCUUUACACAGUUGCUUGGGCGCUCGCGCGAGAAAAUUUGUGA